AUGCCCAAGGAGACGGAGACACGAAUGUACAUGCAGAUCCAGCCAGACUGGCCUGACGCUGUCGAAUCCUGCUGGCUAGAUGUCUAUGAACGCACCGUUAAAAUUGCGGCGUCUACCGCCAACGAACUCGCUGAGGACGAGCGCUUAACGGCCGAAGUGCACUCAUGUCCAAGCUCCCAGUAUCAGUUGUUGCUCUCAACAGCGUCCCAGACCUCUAGAGAGCCGCCUUUUGUGCGGAUUCUUGAGCGAGAAGCAUCGUGGGUGGACGUCCAAGUGGAUCUUAAGUCCAAGACGCAGCUGCGCACAGUGUUCCAGGCCCCCAAUGAGACGAUGGACGUACCUGUAGUUGCCAACUCGGAAGACCCAGGGAAGCCAUCGCCGUCGCUACUUCAGCUGCAUACAGUGGAUGUGUCCAAAGACGAGAGAUACGUGGUGGUUGGAGGCUCGGAUGGCGUCUGCAUGCUCUGGGACAGCCAGAAUAGAGCUCAGAUGUUGCCAUUACAGGGCCAUGUAGCAGACGUCACCAGUGCCCGCUUUUUCCCGAGCUCGCAGGUUGUACUCACGGGAUCACUGGACUUUACGCUUAGAAUCUGGAGCGUGCAUGGGCGUUGUGCAGCUGUUAUGAAGGGGCAUGUGGGAGGGGUUGAGGACGUCGCGAUCGUUGGCAGAGGCAGAAAUGUGCUGUCGUGCGGAACUGACGGGUUAAUUCAGCUGUGGAACUGCGGGACCCAGGACGUCAUUGCCAAGUGGGCGAAUGAUGAUCAGAGUCCGGUACACUGCCUGUCGGUCAUGGAUGACACCGCUCAGCUGCUGGCGGAGGGCGAUUACCUGCCCACUACGAGCGAAAAUGAAGCUGAGACGGACGGGAAGGUGCUCUUUGCAGGGCUUGAUAACGGAGAGACGCUUGGAGUGGACAUCCGUGCACGAGGGGCGGUACGCCUCCUGGCUUUGCUUUGA